AUGGAUGACAUGAGUAGGAUCUUGGAGAGCCAAGAGCGAGAAACUAGAGAAAGAAGGCAUAGACGAGCUGAAGGCAAAAGGAAUACAACUGUUAUACAAAUGCUCAAUUAUGAUGAUUACUUUGUUCAAAAGUGUGAUGCUGCUGGGGUUUUGGGACUUCUUCCCGAGCAAAAGAUUACAGCUGUUAUACGAAUGUUGGCGCAUGGUUCAUCUGCUGAUCAGAUGGAUGAGAUUGCCCGGAUGGGGAAGUCUCUCAAAGUGACUUGA